GACAGUCAUCUCAUCUCAUCAGUCUCAUCAGGGCGAUGGGGGGGAAUUGGAACAGAUGGAACAUGGACAUGGAACGUCUGUAGCAGACUGAGCCGAGCAGACGACGAUACGAUUCAUCAAUUCAUACGAUUAAAAUCGUGACUGAUCGUGACAAACGAGAAACGAGGGAGGCGGAGGAGAGGCGAUCGCCACGGUUGUCCGUUGUCGAAAAUCGAGGGAGGAAAACCUUCGACGAGUCCGCACUGUCCGCAGUGGCGCAGUCCGCCUGUCGCCGGUCGUCUGCGAUCGAAUUCACGAGUAUCCGUCUCCGAUAAUAAUCCAACUCGUCGCGAGUCGCAAGUCAUUAGCGAAUAGCGGGGCGUCAGGCGUCAGUGCCUUACUCCUCACUCUCCUCAGUCCGCAGUGUCUCGGCAGUCGGCAGUCGGCAAUCUCGGCAUUGCGCAUUCGUCGGGGAUCGUCACGCACGUUGACGUUCGACUCUCCGCUAUCCGCUAUCGUUCGCCUAUAUUGGGGCGGUUGGGGCUUGGGGCCACUCGCCACUCGCCACGGUACUCGGAGCUCGGAGCUCGGAACGGGUACUCGCUCACGAGGCGACCAGGACCAGGCCAGGAGUGUAGUGAACCGAUCGCGAUUUCGCCCUUUCGCCCGCUAUUUAUAGAGCGAAUAGGUUAUUCAAUCAAUCGCACAGGUGAGAUGGGAGACGAGCGGUGCCGGAACGGUAGUAACGGGAUGUCCGAGGAGCGUCGAAUGAGUCCGCACGGUCGGAGAGCAACAUGAAUCUGUACUGCACAAUUGUCUGACUGGGAUCUACUCUGAGUUAUCGUCUCUGUUGGCGUUGGCUUUGCGCACAAGUGCCAGGAUGUUGAGCGACGCUGCCAAUAUGGAACUAAAUAAUGUUGGAAGCAACAAAAGUUUCGUAUAUCUCGCCCUGUCAUUCCGAAAGCUGUGCAUGGCGACAGUUGGCUUACCACUUGUAUCACUGCUGUUCUGCUUCAUCACGGCAUAUAUAUUUCAACAGGACGAUAUUCACGAAACUCAUUGUAGGGUCUAUAAUAUUCUUCCAUCGAUCUCAGCCAUUACUGGAGUAUCACCGCAGAGGUAUCUAUGGCGUAUCAGCAUAGCGUUACAUAUUGGUCCUAGACUGGUUAUCGCCAAUGUUUAUCACUCGUAUUAUUACAAGAUACUUAAGAACAUUGAAGAUGUGCCUCUAAAAAUUAUGGGGAGCAGACUCCUAAACCUAUGUUACUGGCUAAACAUUGCCGAGGUAGCAGCUUUGUGUGGUGUAACGUAUAUUUCUAACAGAGAAAAUUACCCGGUGCAUGAAAAAAUUUUCAUAGUGUUCAUGAUUAGCUCGCUCACGUAUAAGCUGACCGCUGUGAGACUGGGUCGUCUAAUAACUCCAAAUGCACAAAGUCUUCAGUACAAACAAGCGCUCUUUGUGACGAGUCUCGUCAGUACCAUCGGUCUUAUUAUUUUCUUCUUGAAACAUCGACUGCUGUGUCACGACUUGGCAUUUAGUUGGUUUUCGCUAUGUGAGUACGUGAUAGCUUUUGCAAAUAUGGGCUUUCACAUCACCGUGGUUUUGGACUUUCCAAAAGAGCAACUGGUCGUAGGUCACGGUUUACCUAUUGUGAAAAUAGAUUAAUCUUUUACGUCAUUCUCAUCGUCAUAUUAAAGUGCCUAUUGCCUCUGCAUGGAAGUGCUACAAAUCGUGGUUUUUAAGAGGUAAAAGUUUGGCACGGCACAUGAUGCACAAUUUGUGUACGAUUGUCUCAGUUUUAUGAUACUACGUAUUUACGAUAUUACACUCUUGAGUUUUCCACUUUUGAGAUUAAUAUUAUUUGCUUCCCGCGAUAUUUAAGAAAUCGACACCAUUUUUAUCUUUACUUUUAUACUGACUUUGAUAUUCGACCAAUAAUUUCGAAUGCAAAAAUAUAUGCGAUUUAAGAAAUGAAGAUAAAGAAUAUUUAGCGCUUCCAAAGUGUGGCAUUGGUUACUUUCAAAGCGAAAUAUGUAACGGCCUUUUAAUAUCGUUUAAUAAUAGAGUAUGAUCGUAGUAAACGAUAGUUGAAAAAAGUAUCCUACAUACAAACAGCAUUUAUCGUUAAACGUAAAUUAAAUAUUAUUACUCGCAUCGUAUGAGAUUACUUGUGAAGACUUUUUAAACAGAUUCUUCUUUUAUAGAGAUUUUUGCAAGGUGAGAAUUCUAGUCGAAUACUUUAAUUCUAGUCGCGAUCUUUUAUUCGCUUUAUGGUACUCCUAUUUUAUCUCAUAAGUUGAAAUUAGUCUAUAAGAUACAUUUAUGUCAAAUGGACUUUGAGACAUUAUAAUCGUUAGUUCAUUAAAUGAACGUAUACAAUUUCAGAUUAUUGCAAAGAUAUUGUUGCGUCUUGUUGACAAAUCUUACAAUGAACAUUGUAUAUGUAAUAUGUUAAUACUCAUUCACCUUGUAAGAGAUUAAUUCAUCUUGUAUAGAUUUUGAGAUAAUAAAUUCAGCUAAUAUUCACGGGCCGCUCUAUUCGGCGUUACAGUAACUACAAACGUAGGAUAAUCGCUCCUAUGUUUGUAUGUAGUAUACGAUAGUUUAAUAAUAUAACAAUAAUUAUCGAGACACUGACGAUUAAAGCAGUCAUAAUCGUAUUACACAAGAAAACGUGUAAACGAGGAUUGCAUUUGGACCAGCGUGCGUUCAAGAUAAGAUCACACUAUCUAAAUAUCUCACGCGAAUUUAUAAGACAAAUGUUAAAAGAGUUUCUAUCGAAUUUCAUGACUGAAAUUUCCCCAUUCAUUUCUUGUUUGAUACAUAGACAUAUAUACGAUUUUUGGAAAACAACAAGCAAAAUUAGUCAAAUGUACACAAUCACCGGAUUAUUUAAUAGAAAGAGACAGAAUUAGUAUCUCUUAUGGAAAAACACGGCAUCGAGAUUUUUAUGAAACUUUUAUCUCUAACAAUAUAUUUUAAAUUGUUCUUAGCUAAAUGUUAUUAAAUAUUAAUACUUUGUUAAUACUUUGUUAAAAAUUACAUUUUUUAUGUAAUUAUUCUAUGCACUUUCUUAUAAAUUCCUGAAGAAAUUUAAAGUAAUUACGAAUUGAUGGAGAGAGGUUGAAUUUUAAUAGCAAUCUUUGACAAAGCAAAAUGGCUUGUAAGAUUUUACAAAAAUACGUGUUUUAUUUCAAAUAUUGUUAGAAAUUAUACGGUGAGAUUUUAUAUUUUAUAAGUGUUUUCCGGAAAUCUUAUAUAUGUUUAUCUGUUAAGAAAGUUUCAUGAUCAAAAGAUCGAGACGAAAUUGCAUGUGUGUGGGAAUAGACUGGUAAGGAACGAUGACCGAGACUGCAAUACUGUGAAACGCGCAAUAUCUCUUGAUAUUGCACUAAUAAAAUAAACAACGUAAUGUUUAUUGUAAUAAGCAGAUGGUACGUUAUCGCAAUGUGUCUCUUAGGAUUUUGUUGUAGAAGGCCGAUAGUGUCAGUGUGACCCUAGAUAGCACUCGCAGUUAAACGAUAUCAUUUUUGCACAUUUUUACACACGGACAUUGUAAUUGUAGCAUAUUUUGAUAUGACGAUUUUUUGUUAAGAUUUCUCGUGUAUCAUUAUUGAAAAAAGGGAAAAAGAUGAAUAGUCAGUGCAUAUUUAUCGCCAGUUUUUUCGCAAGUAUAUAUAUUUGUCGUGGGUAAUCAUGCGGAGAUAUGCUAGUAGCUUUAGAUGAUUUUUGUAAUUAUCACGAAGAAGUAGCGCUUUGUUUCUUCCGCACACACGGCGUACGCGAUCACUCGAGCGUAACAUCUCAGUUCCUAUUAUAAUUGGAAUCUCACUUUUAUGUAUUAUCUUGAUUUAAAAAAAAAUAAUAAAUGCACUCGCGGCAAUCGUGUUUAAUUUACCGAUACCGUUAUCAGAGCCCGUGCCAAGUGAUGCACUAAAGAUAUAUCAUGGAAUUUUAUUCGGUCGGUAACGCUAUGCAAGUUAAUGCACGUUAAUGAUCUUUAGGAAUUUUUAAUGAAUCACUUGCGUCUUACGCUCCGUUGGCAAUCGCUUUGCUCUCUAAAUACAUUUGCAGCAAUGAUUCGGAAUUUUUUUUGUAUUAUAUAUUAUAGAUAUUUUUCAUUCUCGCUAAGGAACGAGAAUUGAAGAGCAUCAAUAUGACUAGAUCGAUUAUAGCGGAACGCGUUUAUUCUAACGGAUCAUGAACUUACGUUAGUAAAUUGCGUUAGUAAAUUGCACAUUUUUUUAUAAAUUCCUGAAGAAAUUUAAAGUAAUUUUUACUUUUUGAUAAAAAUAAUAUAAUUGUAAAAUUAAACGUGAACUAAGUUGUAGCUCUCUAUACUUAUUAUUUCCAUCUCUAAAAUUUUACUGAUUUAAAUGAGAUAUUUUACAAUUACACAUUAAUUUAUUCUCUUUGAAAAGUUAUCUUCAAAUUCCUCAGAAAAUCUGUUAUUCAAAAAAGAUACGCGCAAUUAAUGAAGCAUCCUGUAUGUGUUUUAGUUGAAUAACGAACGACGCAAGUUACAUUGUGAGAGUGUAGUUGUAUGAGAGAAUACCGAAUUUCUUUUAUAUACAUAUAUGUAAGUAGAGAUUAAUAGUAUGUAUAAAAGAGUUUUUAGAAAUAUAGCAUUAACUUACAGAAAUGAGUUCAAAAAUUACUACGAAGCGAAAAAUUCAAGUUUUACUUGCGUUAAUUUUUCGUUUGGCGAAAGAUUUAAAAGUUAUGUGUUAUGUGUUAGAAAACACGAAAAGGGUACAACUGAUAUUAAUUUUAAAAGCGUUAAUAUUGUAAAAUGUUCCAUCAUACUUCCAAAGAAAACUGUGCUAAACAUUUAUUUAGCAAAUAUCUUUUUGUUGUGAUUACGCCUCGUAAUCGUUGUGCGAUUUAUUGAUAGGUACUCAUAAAUUUAUCGUUAAGGUAUUAACACAUCCUCAGAGUGAUUUGAGGAAACUAAGAUUAAAUGCUGUAACUGUAAAGUGUAAGGGAAAGGGAAAAUUAUUCGUCGUUAUCUCCUCUGAAAAUAUUGUUUUCUUUUCCGUAAGACGAGCACGCACUUACGGCAGAAGCGUUUAAGGGUAAAAGUUCUGGAAACAUAUUUAAAAAUUUCGUCAUAUGAAUUUUUAUAUUGGCGAUAAUGAUGACUAAACAUAUCUGUCAAGAAUUUCUAUCGUACUUGAAGCUCUCUUCUUUCGCUGUAAAUAAUGCUAGCACGAUAGUUAUCUUGUGUAUAAACGACAGAGUAUAUGUCGACGGCAUAUUAAAGCAAACAGUAUGAUGAUUCACCCUUGGUUGAUACGACAAUUUAAACAUACAAGCUUGAAACGAAAUCUUUACACAAAUACUCACUGUCGAGUUGCAGCCAUUUCUUUCUGCAAAACUCGUAUUUUUCGAAAUAAAUUUGCUACUGAAACAUUUUUUUUUCAAUUUACAAUAUAUGUAUAUCGAAAUUAUAUCGAUGAAGUGCUACGAUCUCACGAAGGAACUGCUCGUGUGUUCCCGGUGUAUUAUUUGCGUAAUUGACAAUUCUGUGAUAAUAAGCACAAAGCAAUGUUGCUAUAUUCCAUUUCACA